CAAACAAGCUGAAUGGAUUGUCUCAGGAAGAUCUUCUCACAGGUUCAGUCACAGUCACAGUUGCAGCGUGAGAGGCAGCAUGAAGGACUCGCAACAUGCAGCCAUGAAAACAAAGCUGUGGCCCAAGCAGAAAGUCCCUAAAAAGGCCAAAGAUGACUCCCCAAAGCUGGAAAGGCUCCCCAAGCCGCCACCUUCUGCUUUUGCUGGCGCUGUGAGAAGAGUUGUCCCGCAGCUGAGCGAUGCCGAGAGGACGCGGCAGGCGCCCUUCGAGAGGAUGGUCUACGACCUGGCACACAACGAGAGGAUGGUCAACGACCUCAUCCUCGAACGGAGGGUUGGGUUCUACGAGCUGCGCGGAGAGGUCGGGCAGGGUAACUUCUCCUCAGUCAGACUGGGCAUCCAUGCUUUGACCAAAGAAAGAGUAGCAGUGAAGAUCAUGGACAAGCAGCGUCUGGAUAAGGGUGGCCAACCUUUCACCUUCUCAGAAAUCCGCUGCAUGGAAAAGCUGUGCCACCCCAACGUGGUGCGUCUGUACGAGGUGAUGGAGACCAGCAGGAAGCUGUACCUGGUGAUGGAGUACGGCAGCGGCGGCGACCUGUUCUCUCGUGUCACCACCAGGGGGAAGCUGAGCGACUUGGAGUCCAAGCUGGUCUUUACACAAGUGGUCUCUGCUGUGAAACACAUGCAUGACAACAACAUCAUCCACCGGGACCUCAAGGCUGAGAACAUCUUCUACACCACCAGCUACUGCAUCAAGGUGGGCGACUUUGGCUUCAGCACCGAGAGGAGACCCAACGAGCCGCUCACCAAUUUCUGUGGCUCCCCUCCGUACGCAGCACCUGAACUCUUUCGGGAAAAAGGCUACAUGGGAUGCUACUCGGACAUCUGGGCUUUAGGCAUUCUUCUCUACUUUAUGGUGACCACCACCCUGCCUUUUUUCGGGGACAAUUUGAGGAGGCUGAAGCGUUGCAUCCUUCAGGGGGCCUACAGCAUCCCUGCCUAUGUUCCUGACCAGUGCCAGAUGGUCAUCAAGGGCAUGUUGCGUCCGGUACCAGUGGACCGCUCCUCUCUCCGCCAAAUAUCAGACAGUGAUUGGCUCAGGGGUAUGGAGGGCCCUCGUCCUUACGUAUCCCUGCCUCUGUCCCCGGCCCACUUUGCUCAGGCUGCUGCGGUUCUAAGCGAGGAAGAGGAAGAGGUGAAAACCCUCAUGUCUGAUCUGGGAAUUGUGGCGGUUCAUUUGCAGAACAACGCCUGUUCAGACUCCAAGAGCCCACUGACCGGCACUUACCGCAUCCUUCUGCACCGAGCGCAGAAGCGAAGGUCAGUGGAGGGUUUCGGCUAUGCGGUGCUUCGCCCAGACGACUACAAGAGUCCGGCCAACUGGUGUGUAGCGUCUGUGGACAAACACAACCCCUCUGCUGUCUGUCUUAUCCUCUGACGCAACGGAAUACACUCAGCAAGUUGUGCAAUACUUAAGUGGAGUUGGGGGUGUCAGAGGGUUCUCUAUCUAAAGGAUCUUUCUCCGAAGUAAUGAGCUGUGACUCGCUGUGUGGCAGCAAUACUCAGGAUUCAUCAGUCACCACAAUGAACGCACAGUAUAAACCUGCACAGAUAAGCCAAGGCCACAGGUAAUCCCAGAAGGGGUGGAGGGGUUUGGGGGGGCAUGCUGGGUCCAACGGUGAUGAAAGCUGAGACUGGAACAACAUGUCAGCCUUCAACAUAUGCAUGUCUUUACGAAGCCACCCUAACCUUUUGAAUGAAACCUUGGUUAUCCAAGUUGUCAUACGGUAUUGAUCAUAACCGACUGCUGAAUCUCAUGGUUAUUAAUAAAGAUGUGUACGAUCAAUAUUCCCAGCAUCGUUUGCUUAUUCAGCCACCUUGGAUCACGCACCCACUAGCAGAUGUCACCAUACUUGGUUGACACCACACUCGGUAUCCUGGAACGCACUUUCCAACAAUCCAAUGUGCUAACAAGUUAGAUUUAAUAACCUGUUAGUCAGCUUUGUGUUACUAGUAGGGAUGUCAAAAAUAGCACCUUCAGUCAUUUCUUUCUUAACAUUUUUAGCAUGAUUGACACAUGCGUAACGGAUGUACGUGCGCACGUGGACGUUGGUGAAACCUCACUCCCUCCGCCUUGACAGCUGUGCCGAACGCUGGGUUGACGGUCCAUUGUUUUGGCCCAUGGGUCCACACCCUCGACUCCCAUUUCCCAGUUGCUGCAUUCGAGGCUGGCUGGAACAGGCGGGUCACGCAUGCGCACCAUGUCAAGCCACACCUCUGUUACGAAGAUGGAAGCAUUGUGCAGCAUAGCCACACACAGUCUGGUGCUCUUCAAUAACGUUAUUCUGACCUGAACACAUCAACACCUUAUAGGCAUCUCCUGCUCGUCAACACAUCCGGAGUCCUCCUCGGAACCACACUUCCUCAUUGUCAUGAGACGACCACGACGUGCAUUCAUAGACACAUCUUUAUUAUGUGUGGUCCAAAUAAACAGAAAGCCAAAGAAAAACACAAAGUAGAUAUUCUUAGCACUCACUAGCGUAACUCUUAAUGCGGAAGUACAAUUUGCUGAGGGCCCUCGUGUGUGUGGUACCAGCUGGGUUCUUCAACAGGACAACGCUGCAGGUCACAAUGCUGGCUUGACCAAGGACUUCUUCAGGGAGAACAACAUCACUCUUUUGGAGCAUCCUGCAUGUUAAAUCCCAUAGAGAACAUUUGGGGAUGGAUGGCAAGGGAAGCUUUUAAAAAUGGCCAUCACUUCCAGACAGUUGAUGUCCUUGGUGAAGCCAUCUUCACCACUUGGAGCAAUGUUCCCACUAGCCUCCUGGAAACACUGGCAUCAAGCAUGCCCAAAGCCAUCUAUGAAGUGAUGAACAAGAACGGUACUGAGUCCUACUGACAACACUUUUUCUUCUGCUUCGGAGAGUUUUUGGUUCUUUUUUGAGCGAUGGUCCUAAACUUUUGAUCAUCUGAUAAACAGCCUAUUUCAGUUGAAUUUUUUCAAAUGUGUUUUGUCUCACCCCCCCUUCUUGCUUUUGCAUAUUGUAGCUCUACUUAAAACCUCAUUAAGAUCCAAAUGUGAAAAAUUAUAAUUAUAGCCAUUUUUCAACUGCUCUGUAGAUAUUGAUCAGGAGUGUGUGUCCCCUAGCAGUCAAGGCACCUUGGAAUCCAACCCAGGUCUUCCUGAUCUCCAGACUGUUACUGUGUUGGCCAACAUGCUAACCAUGGGGCCCCAAAUAUCGAUUAAUCGUGAUGAUUAAUUUGAAAAGUAUGAUUAGUUUGAUAAAGGUUUGCAAUCAUGUAACAUCCUAGGUUAUUAGCCUCAACAUUUGAACUUUUUUCUCCUCACGCGACACCAUUUUGCACCGUUCGUUUCCCCGUUUUUGCUGCUGGUGGCUUUUUGGUGGUUGUUUUUUUAGCAUUUAGUUUGCAUCGUCUAUUUUUAGAAUGUGCCGUGGCCCAAUGCCAAAGGAGCUGCACUUUUAUGCAGCCAAAGGCGGUGGUGCGAUGCAAGAAGAGCAUUUGCACGGGCAAGCACAUGUUUGUGUAAAAGUAGGGAAAGUAGAAGGGGACAUUUCCUUCACAUUGAAAUCCUAGCAUGUCCACUUUAUGCCACGCUAACCUAGCAGUCACCUGCCAGAGUCUGACCAGCACUGAUGAUGACGACGAUGCUGAUAAGCUCUUUUCCUGUUCCCGCCAAGUGAACCCUGCUCCGACAGGAAUGUGCACGCCGUGUGUGUGCACGCCGCCCUGGUUUGUUGUUUAUGUAAGAAUCUUGCUCAAUCCUCCCCCCAAGU